AUGCAUGGUACCGGUAUCAAACUGCCCAACAGAGAGCGACAAAAGACAUCACAAAAGACAGCCUCCCCACUUUCAACUCCCCCCAAACCUCUCCCUAACCAACCCCCUCAGCCCCUCCAUCACCCUCUCCUCCCUUUCCUUAUACCCCCUCACCCGUUCCUCCCUCUCCUGCCGUCUCAGCAUCUCCUCCUCCUCCCUCCGACUCUGCCUCUGAUUCUGCCUCUCCUCUCUCAACUUCUUCAUCCUCUUGAGCUCCUCGAUCGCAUCAUCACCACCCAUCAGAUCCCCUUCGUUCAUCUCCUCCACCCCCUGCUCCUUGUCCUGUCCGAACCCCUUCAGCUUCUCAGUCACUUCCCUCUUCCUCUCCAGCUUCCGUUCCCUCGACCCCGGGUCCGCCUUUGGAACAAGCUCGUCAAGCUGCUCCCUGUGGAGUUUCCUAAAAUUUUUCCUCUCGUACCGGUGGUCAUCAAGAGAGCGCCCCCUUUCCGUCUCCAACAGCUCGUCGCGGUGGGUGAGGUCAUCUCUUGUUGGGAUUGCUGGGCCAUGGCGACCAUGCUGCUGCGCUUGAUUUUGGGUUGGGAAAGGAGGGAUGUACUCAUCGUCAUCGUCGUCGUCGUCGUCGCCGUCGUCAUCGUCGGAUUUGUUGGUGCCGGGGUUCAGUUCUGGGAUUGA